GCACUGUACACGGCCGCUGCCGUACGUACACUUAGGGCGUGUCUCAGUUUCCAAGCGCUACAGCAAAUCCACCGCUCGAAGAGGCUUCCCUUACCGUAUGUGUGGGCGUGGCCACUGCAUACAGCCGCCUCGUGCGGUGGAGCAACGUAUCAAAGCUCGGUUCGCUUCGAAAUUGAGACACUCGCUUUACUCUUGCGAUCGCUCAUCCCGGCGUUCAUUCUGUCUUGCUGGCUUCUCUUUUUUCCUCUCUCUGUCUCUCCUACACUGCAAGCCCAUGGAAGAGCAGCUCGCUCGCUCGCUCGCUCCCCAGGCAUUCUCCUGUGAACGCAGUCCUUUUCCCAGUCGAUCCACGCUGGCAUCAAUCGGCCCGUCCUUCCGCCAAUCCAUCCCGUACGACUACGAUCCAGCCCGCACGCUGCCUCGACGGGCAGUGCAUUAAUAGCUUCAGCCAAGACGAUGGCUUCGUUAGGCUAAUAGCGUAUUGUGUUGGGCGCGAGAUACACCGAUAUGCGGUGGCAAUCAGAAAUAUGUAUCCUGUCUCUUCUCUUCCCACCUGCAUCCUGCCAUCCACAUCCCGCUGCAAUUACCUUCACCUUGUGGAUUUCCCGCGGGACCGCCACUCACUCGCUCAUCUUUCCCGCCGAACAGCACAUAACCCACCGCUGAUUACUGCCUGCGCACAAUCUGCGCCUGAAAUCCACUGAUGCGCCGAUAAUACGCGCUCUCCUCUUCUCUUCCCCUUCUUCCCCAAUCCAGCCCGCAUAAUUCCAUACCGUGCCCAUCCACGCGCUGCCCAUCCAUCACGCCCCGUUGCUCCACGUUUGAUCCCGCAAAUUGUGAAUUCCCCUUCUGCAAACCCUGCCGGCGCUCGUUGGCCCAACGAUUCUUCCUGCUUCGUGGCGGCCGCCGCAUCCGCGACGCAACCUUUGCCUGCCCUUUAAUUGGGUGCCCCGGCAUCGAUACUGUUUGCAUUGGAUUGUGGGCCACCGUCGGCCGUCAUCGCUGGAACUGGCACAGCCAUGUGGAUUCCGCUGAUGGUGUAUAUUAAUCGCGGAUCCUUGUGGAUCACCGUCAUGCUCCUCUCGCUGAUCACAGGUUCCCUGCAGAUCGACUGCUACGUGUGCUCCUCGCUGGCCGGCAACGACCCGCUGUGCGAGGACCCCUUCGACCCCAUCGCCGUGCAGCAGACGGCCGUCGCCGAGACCGGCGUGGAGCUGCAGCCGCAGCCGCUGCCCAUGGUCCCGCCCGGCGGCCACCUGGACAGCAACGCCGGCCUCAACCUGCAGCUGCACAACAAGGCCGCGCACCCCAACGGCUCCUUCAUCUACCUGCAGCGCGGCUGCUACGGCGCCCGCAAAUCCCGCAAGACCGCCUUCCCCGCCACCGCCUGCCUUAAGCUGGCCGGCCACUUCUCGGACACCGGGGAGAAGAUGGUGGUGCGGGCGUGUGCCUUGGACGGCGGCAGUCUGACCUCGGACACGGAGAUCGUCCGGCAGAACCACUGCGGCGGCUUCUUCCUCAACGACCGCUACGUGCGCGGAUGCCUGGAGGCCUGCUUCACCGACGGCUGCAACGGGGCGCCCCCCGCGCGGGCACCGCUUUCCUGGGGGAUCUUAUUACUCGCCGGGCUGCUGGCCGUCGCCCGGUGGCGGGCGGAACGGAUAACACUUUUCCCGGUGUAAGAAAAACUCGCUGGUUGGCGUUGGAAAUGCCUCGUCCAGGGCGGAUGGAUCGGAUAAUUAAAUAUCGAUUUCCUCCUGACUUGCAUGCACAAUCAGUGGCCGUUGAACAGCGCACGGCUAAAUCAAUUUUCCACCCAUAACGAGCUCGGCACUCUCUCCACCCUCGCAUCUGCUGCAUGUGCCACAAGGUUUUUUUAUCAUGACGCGCGCUGUACGCUGUGUAUAUAUGUACCGGUAUGUUGGCCGGCGAUAUGCAUCGUGCAGUUCCCAACGUACUCUGUAGAGAUAGAUUUAUUGGCGAUAAAGUUAAUGCUCUGCGCCCUGCCUUGGUCGUUCCCGACGAUGCAGCCCAGUUUUCAA